ACUCUGCUACAAUGUCUGGAGCAGUUUUACCAUCACAAACGUCCCUCAAUGUCACACUUGGGGCUCUCCUACUAGGCGGCUUCGCAUCAGCAGUCCUCUUCGGUAUAUUCUGCCAGCAAUGCCUCACGUUCCUCCAAAGGUUUACGAAGGAAGGCGCGGUACUGAAAUACUCUGUACGUACUGUAGCCGGCUCUUGGCUCGACGCAUCUGGCCUUAACCAUAUACCUGGUCUACACGUCAGCCGGCAUGGAAGGUUCUUGAUUAUUGACAUAAGUUCGCCAUCCAACCAUGCCUCGCUGUACGUCGGUCUGCUUCAGACCAUCAGUCGCUGUACACUGAACUUUGUGGAACCCAACAGGACUGCUGCAGGAAUUAUUCUCGUCACCGGAGUUGGAGACGUUUUAGUGCGGAGCCAUUUUCUUACAGCUGGUUCGUGUAUCGGCUUUGGAUCUGUGCGCAAUAUGUUGGCCGCGAGUUUUGAUCAUGGUUCCGUUCAUGUGGAAUAUGGCUAUUCUAGGUUCGGCCUCUUGGACUCUACUGGCUUGCUUUAUGGUAAUCAUUCUAUCUCGCAGGUUGUACGCUCUAAUAGCAGCAAGGACCCUGGAUUUUACGCCUAUGCUGAACCUAUGUCUCACAAGACAAGUUCACCUUCGCAUUGA